AGACAGAGAAACAUACACACACAGAGACAGAGAGAGACAGAGAGAGAGACAGACAGACAGACAGACACAGAGACAAAGGAGAGAGAGAGACAGAGAGAGAGAGAGAGAGAGAGAGAGAGAGAGAGAGAGAGAGAGAGAGAGAGAGAGAGAGAGAGAGAGAGAGAGGAUCAUGGCUGAUGUCCCUCAGUCAUUUUUGGGAUUGCUUGUGACCGUUUUGUACCUGCUAUCAGGUGUCAGUGGAGAAACUCUCUCUAUGUACUCCAGAGUGGGAGAUGAUGUCAGUCUGCCGUGUAACAAUGUGGUUUAUCCAAACUGCUCCUCUACUACAUGGAUGUAUAGCAUAAAUGGAUCCUAUGGUAGUAUUCGAAAGGUCACAUUGGGGGAGAGCAAAAGUGACCAGACAGAGAGACUGAAUUUAGGGUCUAACUGUUCUCUACAUGUUAGUGAUGUCAGAGCUGAGGAUGUUGGACUCUACACCUGUCGACAAUACCUUACAGAGACUGGUUCACCACAUGGAGGUGAUGCCGAUGUUGAUCUGUCUGUUAUAACUAUCUCCUCUACCACACCGUUGACAGAUCUGAAGCCUAAUGUAAAUAUGAGAUUACGGUGUUCUCUGCUCACCGAAAGGGGAAAUGGAACGUGCUCGUCAGUAUUUAGUCUCAGCUGGGUCCUUAAAACAGGUACUAAUGCCCAGGUCACACAGUAUUCUUCCUGUGACAUCACUCUGACUGUGCCACUCCAGAAGAAGGACAACAACAGGAAGUGGACUUGCACGCUGACUGAAAAGGGAAACGUGAAGAUCUCCAUUGACUUCACCUCCACGUUCUCAGGAAGUACAGCCUCUACUGCAAGACCAGCCUUGUCAACCACCUCCCCAUCUUCUGCUGGCUCUCAGAACCUCUUCCUCGUGGUGACUGUAGGAGUGGCUUUGGCAGCAGCGGUGUGUGUCACUGCUGUUGUCAUCAUAGUACGCAGGAGGAGAGACAAGAAUCAAGUGCCAACUGAUAACAGCAUUGGUCUGAAUGCAGUAAACCACUCCACCCCACCAACAAAUGAGGACAAGAGUCAAUCUGCUGACAGAAUCACCUAUGCCUCCAUUGACCACUUCAAUCAAAAUCCCCCUCAUAGAGUUAACGCCAACAGUAAAGAUGCAGUGAUGUAUGCCUCAGUUAUGCCCUCUUCUGGCAGAGGGAGAGAGACAGAGAACCCUGCUGACCCCAGCUCCCUCUACUCCACUGUCAAGUAACCUCAGGAGGAAGACAAGACAUCAAUAUAUAUAUAUAUAUAUAUAUAUAUAUAUAUAUAAAGACAUCAACAUGAAGACUACACUCUCUCAUUCACACCCUGUUUCCAGACCUGAUUUGGUUCUAGGAACAGAGAUUUUGGUGCUAUUAAAAGGGACAAUCUGCACUAGUUACAUCCAUUUCUGGACGUAUUAAUUAAUGAUAUGCACCCAUUGACUCCAGAAAAAUAAAAAGUGGAAAUGCCUCAUGAGUUUAGUUAAACUGUCAUAACCCAUCAGAACCCAAAAUAUAUGCUUGUAUUACUCCAAUGUUUGUAAACAAAUUAAAUGUAAACAAACAUACUGUAUAGCCUCAAAACAUGGUUUAAACUAUAAUGCUGAUAUCAUGGAUGACCAGUCCUUGCAUCCAUAGCUCUGUCUAUGAAUUUAAGUUUUCUCCUACCCCAUCCCUCAGAUUUUUAGCAAAACAGUGGAGGGGAGUGUGCUUUGUUACUGUUUCAACAGCUGAUUGCUGCUUUAAGAUGUGUAUAUUUUAUUGAUAUAGACCAGUGAGAUAAGAGAUUGGAAAAGUGGAAGAGUUUGAGAGUCAAAAGGGCAUAAUUCAGAUUCACUCAUGCUGACUCUGGUAGCCCAGGCUGUAACGUGCAUUCUGGGAUGUAUUCAGACCCCUUGACUUGUUCCGCAUUUUGUUAAAUUACAGCCUUAUUCUAAAAACGGAUUAAAUCAUUUUUUUCCUCAUAAAUCUACACACCAAACCCCAUUAUGACAAAGAAGAAACAGGUUUUUAGACAUUUUUGCAAAGUUAUAUAAAAUCUGCAAAAAAAAGAAACGGGGGGGGGGGGGUCAAAUCAAAAGUAUCAGUCAGUAUCUGGUGGCCACCAGCUGUAUUAAGUAAGGCAGCAGUGCAUCUCCUCCUCAUGGACUGCAUCAGAUUUGCCAGUUCUUGCUGUGAGAUGUUACCCCAAUCUUCCACCAAGGCACCCUCCACCUCCAAAUCGAUCCUGCUCCAGAGUACAGGCCUCGGUGUAACGCUCAUUCCUUUGACGAUAAACACGAAUCCGACCAUCACACCUGGUGAGACAAAACGGCGACUCGUCAGAGAAUAGCACUUAUUGCCAGUCCUGUCUGGUCCAGCAACGGUGGGUUUGUGCCCAUAGGCGACGUUGUUGCCGGUGAUUUCUGGUUAGAACCUGCCUUACAACAGGCCUACAAGCCCUCAGUCCAGCCUCUCUCAGCCUAUUGCGGACAGUCUGAGCAGUGAUGGAGGGAUUGUGCAUUCCUCGUGUAUCUUGGCAGUUGUUGUUGAGAGACCUGUACCUGUCCCGCAGGUGUGAUGUUCGGAUGUACCGAUCCUGUGCAGGUGUUGUUACACGUGGUCUGCCACUGCGAGAAGCUGUCCGUCCUGUCUCCCUGUGGCGCUGUCUUAGGUGUCUCAUAGUACGUACAUGGCAAAUUAUUGCCCUGGCCACAUCUGCAGUCAUCAUUCCUCCUUGCAGCUUGCCUAAUGCACAUUCAUGCAGAUGAGCAGGUAGCCUGGGCAUCUUUCUUUUGGGUGUUUUUCAGAGUCAGUAGAAAGGCCUCUUUAGUGUCCUGCAUUUUCAUAACUGUGACCUUAAUUGCCUACCGUCUGUAAGCUGUUAGUGUCUUAACGACCAUUCCAUAGGUGCAUGUUCAUUAAUUGUUUAUGUUUAAUUGAUCUGCAAAGUUAUUUGGAUUUUUACUAAUUAUCUUUGAAAGACAGGUUCCUCAUAAAAGGGACGUUUAAUUUUUUGCUUAGUUCCUAAAAAAAGUAUGGAAAUAUCACAUUUACAUAAGUGAAUUCAUACCCUUUACUCAGUACUUUGUUGAAUCACCUUUGUCAGCAAUUACAAUCAAAAGUCUUCUUGGGUAUGACGCUACAAGCUUGGCACACCUGUUUCUCUCAUUCAGCUCUGCAGAUCCUCUCAAGCUCUGUCAAGUUGGAUGGGGAGCGUCGCUUCAAUGCUAUUUUCAGGUUUCUCCAGAGAUGUUCGAUCGGGUUCAAGUCUGGGUUCUGGCUGGGUCACUCAAGGACAUUCAGAGACUCAUCCCGAAGUCACUCCUGCGUUGUCUUGGAUGUGUUCUUAGAGUCGUCGUCCUAAUGGAAGGUGAACCUUUGCUCCAGUCUGAGGUCCUGAGGAGGUUUUCCAUCAAGGAUCUCUCUGUACUUUGCUCCAUUCCUCUUUCCUCGAUCCUGACUAGUCUCUCAGUCCCUGGGCUGAAUAACAUCCCCACAGCAUGCUGCUGACACCACCGUGCGUUACCAUAGGGAUUGUGCCAGGUUUCCUCCAGACGUGACACUUGGCAUUCAGGCCAAAUAGUUCAAACUUGGUUUCAUCAGACAAGAGAAUCUUGUUUCUCAUUUUCAGAGUCCUUUAGGUACCGUUUGGCAAACUCUAAGCAGGCUGUCAUGUGCCUUUUACUGAGGAGUGACUUCCGUCUUGCCACUCUACCAUAAAGGCCUGAUUGGUGGAGUGCUGCAGAGAUGAUUGUCCUUCUGGAAGGUUCUCUAAUCUCCACCGAUGAUCUCUGGAGCUCAGUCAGAGUAACUCUGGUUCUUGGUCAUCUCCCUGACCAAGGCCCUUCUCCCUCGAUUGCUCAGUUUGGCCGGGCAGCCAGCUCUAGGAAUAGUCUUGGUGGUUUCAAACUUUUCCCAUUUAAGAAUGAUGGUGGCCACUGUUCUUGGGGAACUUCAAUGCUGCAGACUUUUUUUGGUACCCUUCCCCAGAUCUGGGCCUCGACACAAUCCUGUCUCGGAGCUCUACGGACAAUUCCUUCAACCUCAUGGCUUUGUUUUUGCUCUGACCUUACAUAGACAGAUGUGUGCCAUUCCAAAUCUUGUCCAAUCAAUUGAAUUUACCACAGGUGGACUCCAAUCAAGUUGUAGAAACAUCUCAAGGAUGACAAUGGAAACAGGAUGCACCUGAGCUAAAUUUCGAGUCUCAUAGCAAAGGGUCUGAAUUCUUACGUGAAUAAGGUAUUUGUUACAUUUUUUAAUAAAUGUGCAACAUAAUCUAAAUACCUGUUUUUACUUUGUCAUUGUGGGCUAUUGUGUGAAGAUUGAUGAGGAAAAUGUUUUAUUGAAUCCAUUUUAGAAUAAGCCUGUAACGUCACAAAAUAAGAAAAUUGAAUGGGUCUGAAUACUUUCACUGUAUACAAGUGAACCACUGGACCACACAGGCCACUAAAAUAUGUUUUUAAAUACUAUAUGGAUGAGGAAGAACACUGGUGUUACAUUUUCUUUUAGGACGAUAGUAGCAUCUUUGCCAAACAUUUAGCUUUGCAGAUAAACUCAUGGCAAUUUCUUUCCUGCAUUUCUCUUGUUUCAAAUUAUAUUGACUAAAGUGAUAUACUUAAUAAAAUGGAAAUCAAUCUUUA